UUUAUGAUUACAAGCCAACUCAUGCUUCUCUAAGCUAGUCCCUCAUCUGGGUAUUUGCCAAAUGAACAUGCUUAUGGUUUGUGAGGCUGAAGCAAGCUCGGUUGCUUAGCCUUGAACUGAGUAGACAUGGAACAGGAUGGGGAAGUGAUUUGAUUGAAUCAUUUCAUUACAUGUCUUCUCGUUUUCUUUUUCUGUCUACAGUUAUGAUAUUUGUCUUAAUGAUGCUUCACCUCUAGAAACUUGUAAAAAAAAAAUGCAGGGAAUCCUUGUUUUUGCUUCUGUCAUGGCAACUCUGGGACUGCAGGUCAUCUUAGAGUCUAUGCGCACCCUAUUUUUUUAUGAAGAUGAGUUCAACUUAACCAAGGAUCAUGAGCGAUGGGUUGUGGGUAGUAUGCUCGGUGUCACUCUGGUGAAAUUGCUUCUGAUGCUUUACUACCACACUUUCUCCAACAAAAUAGUCAAAGCCUAUUCCUAGGAUCAUUUCUUUGAUGUUGUCAUCAACAUCAUUAGUCUGGUUGCUGUGCUCCUUGCUAAUUA